AUGGACAACAACUAUUAGCAACCUCAAUAUAGAUAUGAGGCAGGUGGUUACAGUCAAUAGGAUUAACAAUCUUAUUAGUAAAAUUAGCAGUAAAAUCAAUAAUAUUAAUAUGGUAAUGUACCAUCUAAUGAAAAUAUGUAUUAUGAUCCUUAGUUAAAUUAGCACGCAAACUAAAAUUAAGCAUAUCCAGUUGGAUCUUAAAGUUCGCCUGAUUCUAUUUACUUCUAAGCAUCAAUAAAUUAAAGCAGAGAUGAAUUAUAUCUAUCAAAUGGACUUAAGGUUGUUUUAAUAAUAAUUGCAAUUGUAUGUCUUCUACUAUUUGCUAUUCUAUUUUCUUUUGGAAAAUGA